AUGCCCGUCCCCACUGCCGAUCUUUAUGACCAGCAGCAAGAAACCCAACCUCAAACCAACGGCACACACCCCUCCAACCCCGCUGCACACUCUACACAACAAAGCAACGGCAGCUACUUCGUUACUGAAUCUGGUAGCUCGGCCAGUGCAUCGACCAAUGGGGCCGGUCGCGCUCUGACCAAGGAAGAAGCCGAUCGCCUAUAUGAGGAACGGAUGGAGGAGGAAUACGCGAAGAGAGAUGGCGGUGCCUAG